UAAAAAAUGAAAUAAAGCCCUGCACUUGUUUGUUGAACACUCCAUACGACUAGUAGAAAUAUAAGAAAACAUUUUUACUGGAGCAAUUCCCCUUCUCUCUGCAUUUCUGUUCUAUUGCUAUGAUCCUGACUUUGUAGAUCUCUGCGGAGUGCACAACCCACACAUUGAUCGUUGAUUAUGAGUUCGGCGGAGCAAGUGAUCGACGCCGGCGGUUCAGGGACGAUGUACGUGCAGAUGCAAUCCGAGUCUUCCACGUCGCCUUUGAUGACCUCGUCGUUGUUGACACCUCAGCAGCAGCAGAGAUCUGAGGCGGCUCGGAUUUUUCAGGAGUUGCCCAAGGCUACCAUCGUCCAGGUGUCUCGUCCAGACGUCGCCGAUAUCAGCCCCAUGCUCCUUACUUACACAAUUGAGUUUAAAUACAAACAGUUCAAAUGGCAAUUAGUCAAGAAGGCUUCACAAGUGUUUUAUUUACAUUUUACGCUAAAGAGGCGGCUAUUUAUUGAGGAAAUUCAUGAGAAACAAGAACAGGUCAAAGAGUGGCUUCAAAAUUUAGGAAUCGGGGAAAUCAUACCUAUCAUGCAAGAUGAUGAUGAUCCAGAUGAUGAAAAUCUUCCAUUGCGUACUGAUGAAAGUGCAAGAAACAGGUGGUUUUUUGUUCAGAGAUGUGCCAUCUAGUGCUGCUUUGCCAAUAAUCCGCCCCACACUUUUAAGACAACAUUCUAUGUCAGACAGAGCAAAAGUAGCAAUGCAGGGGUACUUGAAUCACUUUCUUGGAAACAUAGAUAUUGUCAAUUCCCAUGAGGUUUGCAAGUUUUUGGAGGUUUCAAGUUUAUCCUUCUCUUCAGAGUAUGGUCCUAAGCUCAAGGAAGAUUAUAUUAUGGUAAAGCAUUUACCCAAGAUACGAAGCAGUGAUGACCAUAGGAAAUGUUGUUCAUGUAAUUGGCUCUGCUGCUGUAAAGACAACUGGCAGAAGGUCUGGGCUGUACUGAAACCAGGAUUCCUGGCCUUCCUUAAGGAUCCCUUUGAUACUCAGCCUUUAGAUAUAGUUGUUUUUGAUGUGCUGCCUGCCUCUGAUGGUAAUGGAGAGGGUAGAUUAUCAUUGGCAAAAGAAGUGAAGGAUGGCAACCCUUUACGUCAUUAUUUUAGGGAUCUGGCAUCGGGGAGGAUGAUUGGCAGUGCUAGAGAGGAGGAUGGCCUAUAUGUUUUUGAUGAAGGAACACAAUUGAAUAAACAAGGUCAAGAAAAAACUUGUCUGCAAACUAUUUCCUUUCCUUGUAAUAAUGAAGUGUAUUUAAUGCACUGUAGAUUAGGUCACCCAAGUUUUUCCUAUCUAAAGAGGUUGUUUCCUAAGUUAUUUCAUAAUAAAAAUCCUUCAUCAUUUCAUUGUGAUAUGUGUGCACUUGCCAAACAUCAUAUGAGCUCUUAUAUCCCUCAUAGUUACAAACCAACUAGUCCUUUUACUAUCGUACACAGUGAUAUUUGGGGUGCAUCUAGAGUUUCAACUUUGAAAGGAAAAAGGUGGUUUGUAACUAUCAUAGAUGAUCACACACGGGUCACAUGGGUUUUUUUUAUUAAAGAAAAAUAUGAGGUUGAAGAUGUGUUCAAGAAAUUUUACUCAAUGGUUCAGACUCAAUUCAAUACUAAUAUCAAGAUUGUGAGAAGUGAUAAUGGCCUUGAGAGUAUUUUUCUAAGAAUUUAAAUAAUUUUUUUGCUGAAAAAGGGAUUAUUCAUCAAAGUUCCUGUAUAAAUAAACCUGCUCAGAAUGCUGAGAAGAAAAAUAGGCAUUUGCUUGAAGUCAUUCUUGCAAUUAUGUUUUCUGCUGGAGUUCCAAAAUAUUUAUGGGGAGAAGCUGUUUUACAUGCUAUCUAUUUAAUUAAUAGGAUGCCAUCAAAGACUCUAGGAUUUUAAACUCCCAUUGAUACACUUCAAGCCAGUUUUCCUGAAACUAGGCUUAUCAACUUCUCUUCCCAUAAAAAUUUUUGGCUGCACAGUUUUUAUUACCAAACCUGACAGAACUGCAAGCAAAUUUGAUUUAGAGGCAAAAAAUGUGUUUUCUUAGGACUAUCUUCAACACAAAAAGGCUAUAAAUGUUUUGACCCUACAACAAAAAAGAUGUUUGUAACAAUGAACACUGUUUUUGUUGAAAAUCAACCUUUUUUUAAGUACUCAUCUUCAAGGGGAGAUUCCUAAUGAAGAUGGUAAUAAUGUGUCACAUAUCCAUGAAAAACUUGAAUUUCUUGACAUUAGUCUAGAUGCACAAUAUAAUAGACAGUUAGAUGCACUAGAAAAUAGUCAAGAAUCAAAAGAAAAUGAAAUAAAAUUUUCUGAGACAAGGAAAGAUGAUGAACAACAGACAAGUAAUUUUUUUGGCAAGGUUUAUGAAAGGAGAGUUUCAAAUCAAAGAAUAGAGGACAUCUCUGAUCCUGCCACUGCUCAUGAAUCUGACUCAAUGUCAGAAAAUGAAAAAGGUAACUUGUGGGAUGCGAAGCAUCAAGCUAAGAGCAAAGAGUAAUGCUAAAGUUAAAGAUUGGGUGGCUUCAAUAAAUGAUACUGGACUUAGAGCACCUGAGGGUUGGUGUCAUCCUCAUCGUUUUGGAUCUUUUUCUCCUCAACGAGGCUUAGUGGAAGAUGACAGCCAGGCUCAGUGGUUCGUUGAUGGUCGGGCUGCAUUCGAAGCCAUUGCUCUUGCAAUUGAUGAAGCAAAAUCAGAGAUAUUCAUUUGUGGCUGGUGGCUUUGCCCAGAACUGUACAUGCGGCGCCCUUUUGAUACCCAUUCUUCUUCCCGGCUUGAUUCUUUACUGGGAGACAAGGCGAAACAAGGUGUUCAGAUUUACAUUCUGCUAUACAAGGAGGUUGCUCUUGCUUUGAAAAUCAACAGUGUGUAUAGCAAGCGGAAGCUCUUAGAAAUUCAUGAAAAUGUUAGAGUACUUCGUUAUCCUGAUCAUUUUUCAAGUGGUGUCUAUUUAUGGUCUCAUCAUGAAAAAAUUGUCAUUGUCGACCAUCAAGUUUGUUUUAUUGGUGGCCUAGAUCUUUGCUUUGGUCGUUAUGAUUCAUUUGAACACAAAGUCGGCGAUUGUCCACCUCUUAUUUGGCCUGGCAAAGACUACUAUAAUCCAAGGGAAUCUGAACCAAACACAUGGGAAGAUACCUUGAAAGAUGAGUUGGACCGGACGAAGUAUCCUCGCAUGCCCUGGCAUGAUGUCCAUUGUGCUCUUUGGGGACCACCUUGCCGUGAUGUGGCUAGACACUUUGUUCAGCGCUGGAACUAUGCCAAGCGAAAUAAAGCUCCCUAUGAGCCCACGAUUCCACUACUUAUGCCUCGGCAUCACAUGGUUAUUCCCCAUUACAUGGCAAUUGGCACAGAGACACACACUAGUAAUACAGAUGUUAUUAGUGCUUCAAGUAUCAAGAGACACGAUUCAUUUUCCUCUCAAUCAUCUUGCCAAGACAUUCCUUUGCUCAUGCCUCAAGAAGCUGACGAAAUGGAUAUAAGGGGGGAACCAAAGUCAUAUGCCUUCACUCCUGGGUAUGAUUUCCAUGACCAGCCAAAUGGGUCAGCUAGCAUUUCUUUCCCUUUUCGGAAGGCCAAAGCAGAACCCUUUUUGCCAGGCAUGCCAAUGAAAGCAUUUGUCGAUGAAGUUAAUGUCACUGAUCUUCAUAGAAAGCCGUCUUCUGGUUUGAUGCGUCCUGGAACUAGAGCCUCAGAUAAGGAGUGGUGGGAAACACAGGAGCGUAGUAGUCAAGUUGUUCCGUCUGAUGAAACUGGGCAAGUUGGUCCCUGUGCUCUAUGUCGUUGUCAGAUCAUAAGAAGUGUUAGUCAAUGGUCAGCUGGGACCAGCCAAAUUGAAGAAAGCAUACACAAUGCAUACUGCACUCUCAUUGAGAAGGCAGAACACUUUAUUUAUAUUGAGGUCUCGUGGGAGAUGAGAUUAUAAGGAAUCGUGUAUUGGAAGCAUUGUGUAAGAGAAUCAUGCGAGCUUACAAUGAGAAAAAGUCUUUCAGGGUUAUUAUCGUUAUACCGCUUCUACCUGGAUUCCAGGGUGGUUUGGAUGAUAGUGGUGCAGCAUCUAUAAGAGCUAUCAUGCAUUGGCAAUAUCGUGCAAUAUGCAGGGGAAAUACCUCGAUUUUGCACAAUCUGAGUGAUCUUAUUGGUCCCAGAGUGCAUGAUUAUAUAUCCUUUUACGGUCUCAGAUCUCAUGGUAGACUGUUUGAUGAAGGUCCUGUCGUUUCUAGCCAGGUGUAUGUGCAUAGCAAAAUCAUGAUAGUUGAUGACCACACAGCCUUGAUUGGAUCUGCAAAUAUUAAUGACCGGAGCUUGCUCGGCUCCAGAGACUCUGAGAUUGGUGUAGUUAUUGAGGACAAAGAAUUUGUUGACUCAUACAUGGGAGGCAAACCAUUUAAGGCUGGGAAAUUUGCAUCAAGUCUUCGCCUCUCACUAUGGUCUGAGCAUCUUGGUCUUUGUGUUGGAGAGAUGGGUCAAAUUACUGAUCCAGUGAUUGAUUCAACAUACAAGGAUAUGUGGAUGUCAACUGCAAAGACAAACACAAUGGUUUUCCAAGACGUCUUUUCUUGUAUACCAAACGAUCUUAUACAGUCCAGGGCUUCUCUAAGGCAGUGCGUGGCUCACUGGAAAGAUAAGAUUGGUCACACAACAAUUGAUUUAGGAAUAGCCCCGAACACAUUAGAGUCUUAUCAAGAUGGAGAUAUCAAAGAAACAGAUCCCAUGGAAAUGUUAGAGUCUGUAAGGGGUCAUCUCGUUUCUUUCCCACUGGAUUUUAUGUGCAAAGAAGAUCUAAGACCCAUGUUCAAUGAAAGCGAGUACUAUGCUUCACCUCAAGUCUUUCACUAGACAUGGUUGGUUGUACAGUGCAGGGAUACACGUAUUUUGAUUUAUUUGUCUAAAAAACAUAGCUAGCCAAAAUCUGCAGCCUUGUGGAAUAGCAGCAAUAUAUAGGAACAUACCACCCCACUACCACAGUUGGGUGCACGUUCACCAUUUCUUUCAGCUGUGGCUUGUUCCUUUACCUGAUUCUUAGCAUGCCCAGAAAUGUUUAUUUGCAUGGUUUGGGAAUACCUGUUGUAAACAAAGGAAAGGAUGAUGUAGAUUAUUAACGUGUUCAUAAGAAUGUUCUAACCUGGGACAAGACUGAAUAUGUAUUAUUUUUCAAUAAUACCCGUGGUUUACUUUUGCU